UAGAAAACGUUAAAUAUAGCGUCUUAAAGUUGCGUCUUAAAGAGCGACCCGUUAUACCAGUAUCAGAUAAAUGAAGAAUGCGUGGUGGGGAGGAUCUGUCUUUGGAAUGCGUAAUACAACUUGUGUACACUUAGUUGAAGUCGAGUGGUCGCAGCGGGAGAUACUUGGAUGAUAUUAUUUUCCCUUUCGCUAUGGCCGACCCAGAUCUCCGCGUGGAAUCGGCGGGGCCGGUAAGGGAGUGCGCCUGCAAAUAUUGCAGCUUCAUAAGGUUGGUACUGAUACCAGAGAUGGUCCACGAUCGGCGCUUCUGCGAGCCCGGGUCCAGGGAGUUCGUCGAGUUCGACUCCGUCGACGUGGAGCAUCUCGACUCGAAGAGCAGCCGCAGGAACGUGUUACACCGGGUGACGGCGCGCGUAAAGUUUUCCGGCGUGACGCGUAGCUUUCCUCUUAUUAUCAAGCUGCUUAAAUCGCACCCGGGCUCUCCACCGUCCGGUCCAUUUCUGAACGAGGAGAUGUUUUACAGCAAGAUGACGCUCAGCUACGGAACGGACGGUGCCCCCAAGUGUUACCUGUCCGACCUGGGUCGAUACGAUGGUCAGGCUGCUAUCGCGUUGGAAGAUCUCGCCGCGCUUGGUUACGUGCAAGUAGAUGAUAAAUUGGACGAGGAUCACCUGAAAUUGUGCAUGAAAGCUUUGGCGGCGUUUCACGGCAAGGGACUGAAGCUUAAGGCGCAUAGGUUUCCUAUUUUCAGGGAGUUCUAUGCGAAGCUGUCUGUACCGACGGACUGGCUGCACCUUCGUACGAGCGUUCAGACAGACGAUGUUACAACAUCCGAAGCACAGUUAGAUGAUCCCGAAGGUUUGGACUCUUCAUUUUAUACCGUACCGCCAGUCGAGGCGGAACUUUCCGAGAAAAUAAGAAAAAAACUGGAUUCAACGACCAAACUGGAGCUCAACGAUUUUUGGACCAUCUGUCACGGUAAUUUCACGCGGAGUAACUUGUUGUUCAGGUACGAGAAUGGGAGGCCGAGUGACGUAAAAGUGAUCGAUUGGAGUACAAUGAGGUACUGUUCACCGUCGAUCGAUUUCGGUCACAUUCUCCUUCAAAAUCUACCUGACGAUCACGAUCUGCCGAAAGUCGAGGCAUUCUGCCGGACCAUUUUGCAGAUUUAUUUAGACGCCGUGAAGGAUGAAUAUCCGGAAGUAGAUUGUGAACUUUUGGAACGAGACAUUAUCGCCAAAUUACCAUUUGCGUACGGUACGAUUGGAAACCGGCUGCUCAAAGAAGCAGGAAUAAUGUUAUAUACGCUCGACCGUUUGGGCAGCUUCGGAUAGAAUCACUCUCGUCGUUCAUCGUUACAGUUUAUUCGAUUCCUCACAGUCUUUUCGCGAUAUUUGUUUCGCAUAUAUGUAUAAUCUUGUCACGACUUUAUCGUGCGUAUUCGUGGAUAGCGACGCACGCGAAUAGAAACUGAAUGGUAGAUUUAAGUUCAAAGGUCUACUUUUAUCUGUUGUACUUUUGUGUCACAAAUAAUAUAAUAGAGCGUAGAGUAUCACGGUACUUCGUGUAUCUAAAACUUGUAAGAAAAAUAAAUUUUAACGUUAUGGAAUUAUCCGUUUGCAAUUCUUACGUCGGCAUGUGAAGACAGAUUCCUCGCCAUCUUCCGAGAAGUACAAACUAAUCGCUUCAUAACAGACCUUAUUAGCGUUAAGGGCAAUAAAUUAAUAUUGUAAUAUACAGGA